AGUCUGUUUUAGGGGGAAACUUUUACUUUUCUAUGUGGGGGAGGGGGGCAGGGUAAGGGGGAAACCGUCUCCCAGUCUCUUCCUGGCGGGGACGCGACUAUUUCUCCGAGUCGCGUCCUCGCCCCCCACCUCGCGGCCUACCAGCUGGAUCGGAGCGGCCUUUCCUGCCGGGGACCGGGAACCGGACCAGGGCUGCUACAGCGGCGGCGCAGCGCUGGAGUCACCGCGGAGCGGGCGAUGCCUACCUGGGUCGCCGUUUGGAGCUCCGGAGCGUUGAGCCGUUGCUCCAACAUCGUGGAGCUCUGGUGCGGAGAGCUUCCAACGCGGGCGGCGCUGACCGCCAUCGUGGAGUCCUGGGGCACCUUGCAGAGGGUCUCCAGCAGCAGUCUCCACCCGGCGCGGCCUACGGACAUUGGAAGCCGCCGACUCCGGUAGGAGGGGGCCGACUCUGGUGUCCAUGCCUCUGAGGACGUCCCGCAGCCCCGACGUCAGACUUGUAUCACCUCGGCGAGCGGUCCUGGACAUCGGGCCGCCCGUAGCUGCAACUGCGGAGGGCUUGGGGAGGCCCUGACCACGGGGAACAGUGGAGGAAGAGACUGACUUUGGUGCCUUCUCACACAGUGGGAAACUUUGAUUCUGCUGUGUGGGGAUGUUUUGUGUUAAAUUCUAUAGUGUGUUGAGUCCUGUUUAUUUUUAUUGUAUGGCUGUAUGGGAAUUCAUUUCACUGUGCCAUCUGGCACAUGUGACAAUUAAAUCUCUUGAAUCUUGAAUCUUGGUCUCCCUCAACAUUGGGAACAUGUUUCCUGCCUCUGGAGUGUUCAAUACCUUAAUAAUCUUAUAUAUUUCAAUAAGAUCCCCUCUCAUCCUAAAUUCCAGUGUAUACAAGCCCAGUCGCUCCAUUCUAUCAACAUUUGACAGUCCCGCCAUCCCAGGGAAUUAACCUCGUGAACCUACAUUGCACUCCCUCAAUAGCAAGAAUGUCAUUCCUCAGAUUUGGAGACAAAACUGCACAUGUAACAAAGCAGCAUGCAUGAAUCACUGAGUUACUCCAGCACUUUGUAUCCGUCAUUAUUUACUAUUUUACAAAUUUAGCAAUUCUGCUGGAUCUACCCUUUGUCUCUUUACAAUAACCGUAAAAACACACCUUUUAUUCCUGACAUUACCUCGGAGAAUCCAGGAAAUACUGUUGCAUGACUGGUAUAUUUUUCCUCUACUGCCCCUAUUUAGAAUAUAUUGCUUCCUCUUUGCUUUUGCAGUCAGGUUCUCAUUUGCUUUGUAAUGGCCAUUACCCUGCAUCCCUGGAGAACAUGGAUAUAUGACAUUUUGGGUUGGUACCCUUCUUAACUGAUGUUGCCAUUUUUCAACAGACUAAUUUCUUCACCCUUAAACCCAUGCAAAAUAUCAUGCUCUGCAUCUGUACAGUGACCCAGUCUGAGUACACAGGUGAAGAUUCCAUUUUGAUUGGCGAUGAUGCUGGGUUUGUGAACCUGUUAGUUGUGGGAACUGAAGAUCUCAAUCUCCAGAAAACCAAAGAGAGAAACGCCUUGCAAUCCCAGAUCUUGGAUCCACGUCUACUCCGUCGUACGAUCUUACGUCGGAAACUACACCAAGAGUGGGUAUUGAGAGUGAAGUAUUUUCCACAUUUGAACUCCUUCGUGAGCUGUUCUUCAGAUAGUGUACACUCAGUGGUCCUGGAUGACAUACGCAAACUUGGAGACUGUCAGCCCAUUAGAACGUUGUCAGUCCCACGAGGAGUUAAUGCUUUUGAUUAUUGUGUGAAAGCAAAUACCUUUGUUACUGGUGGUGAAGAUAAAAUUGUUCGACUUUGGAAUCCAAAUAUGUUCCUCAAACCAAAGGCAUUGUUGAGUGGCCACAACUGUAUCAUUACUGAGGUAGUGAUUAAUGAAGCUGAUCAACAUAUUAUUAGCCUCUCAACUGAAGGGAUGUUCAGAGUCUGGGAUAUUCAGACGAUUGCUGUCCUGCAAGUCUUCAUCUUGGGUGAACAUCAACUAGAUCGGCACUUCAACAGUAUGGUGUUUGACCAUAAGCAUAAGCGAUUAAUUGCUGGCUCCCAGUCAAUAGAUCUUGUGCCACUCACGUCUGCUGUCCAGGAUAGCCUGCAGGUUCCACGUUCUCAUGAACGAUCCAUAAAUGUUCUGGUCUACAACAAAACUACUGAAACAGUUGUCACCAUUUGUAGUAAAUCUGUUAUUAAGGUCUGGAAUAUACGAAGCGGGAGGAAAGUGUAUCAUAUUGCAGAACCUCAUGGGCAUGCGGUGGAGGUGACAGCGGCAGCAGUGGAUGAGAUUGGAAAUGAACUCGUCACAGGAGCAAAUGAUGGCUCGUUGAUAACUUGGGAGUUAAGAAGUGGAGAGAAAAUAAGAAGUCUACCUCCAGUUACAGAAAGCAAUGAAGAAAAUAAACGAAUUUCAUAUCUGUUCUAUAUGAAUUUGAAAGAAGUGCAGAUGAUAAUUGCUGUGGGUUGGCACAACUCCAUCAAAAUAAUACAGGGUGGACCAGAUGAAUCUUAUCUCUCAGUUCUAGGAACAUUUCCAAACAUAGCCAAGGAAAUAGACAACAGUUUGUUCCCUUUCAAACAACGUCUAAGUCCCAGCGGACAGUCCAAUCCCAAGAAGCAGGAUGACCCGGAUGAUGUAGGAUUGUGUGGCAUUGAUAUACUGGAGUGUAAUGCUGAACCCUUGUUAGCAAUUGGAUGGUCCAACUUGAUCAUUGUAUGGAAUUUUGAAGCAGCAAGCAUCUUGCAAAUUUUUAAUGAAGAUCGACUUUCCGAUACCACAGAUGCAAGUGAACAGAAUGAUUUAAUGAUGGAUGUGGAGUCAUCCAAGGUUCAAGUUGUCAAAUUUAUUCCCGUCAAAAGACAAUUUAUUGAACAAGAUGUUCCUGGGGGAAACACUGAAAUCCAGUCCAAGGAAUCACUUGGACUUUUAAUGGACACAUCAAAACUCAGCAUACUGUUCAAGUUUGCUGAGAGCUUUACAACUUCUGAAUAUAGCCAAGCAGAGCAAAAUCAGCCAGCACCCGCUGCAACUGAGGAAAUUGCACUAUUGCCUGCAGUGGAACCUAAUCCCAUUCUGCUAUCCGCUCAUCAGGACGGCUCUGUUCAGUUUUGGAGUUUAGAGGGUGUACAGUUGGAUAAGAUCUUGCCCACCCUUCAGUUUUGCAAUCCUAUCACUGCAAUCUCAAUCGGUGAAACAACGUCUCUUGUCGUAGCUGGAAAUCACAAGGGAUACAUAAUAAUUUGGGAUAUUGAACCAUUGUUCGACAACCCAUCUGCACCGAAUAAGGAGCCCAUACAUCGUAUCAUUAGCUGGAGAGCUCAUAUUUUGUCAAUAGUCAGCAUCGUCUUCUUGGAGCACGUAAAUGUUGUUGUUUCUGCAUCGGUAGAUUCUUCUGUCAGGGUUUGGUAUUCAUUAAAUGGCCAUUAUAUUGGAUACUUUGGACAACACAGUUCUUUACUUCUAACGAAUCCCAGUGAGUUUGUUUUACCCAGUGACAUAACUGAAGCCCCAGUGGAGAGUAAAUCAAAGCAAUCCCAGAAGGCAGACCAGUUGGACUACCCUUUGAUGUUGGAUUGGAAAAGAUGGAAACCAUUUGAUCGGGAAGGUUAUUUAAUAAAGCUGCAGCUACAGCGCAAAGCUCUCGAUGUAGAUCAGGACAAGAAAUUCUUCAAAUCGAUAACUUUACCAAGGCUAAAACAAAAACCAAUGGAAAGUUCCACAUCAGGCACCAGAGCGAAGGGAGCAGUUUUUCGGGCUCUUCCCGUGUACAAUAUGGAUCCUUUAUUCCAAGUGGACCAAUUUAAGAACAUAAAAUUUCCUGAAGAAAAACGUCGUGACUCCCUCCAUAACAUUUUUGCAAGAGAAAAGAGAGCCACCAUUUCAACCACUAAAACAGUUGCCAGGGGAUCUAUUCUCCACCCUAUUCAGACUUGCUAUAUUUUCAAUGCUACUACUGCCCCACCUCCUUACGUGAUGCUUUGAAGAUAAGAACUACUGCAGCCACGGCCAGUGCAGUAUUUAUUGCUACUAGUGGUCUUCAGAUCGUUAGAAACCAAGUGAUAAUUUUUGAGAAGGACCACUCGGUUCGAUUCAUUGGAACCAUUCAGUUCAGUUAAAGUAAAGUAAACUGCAGCAUAUUGAUUCGGUUAUAUCUACUAUUUACAAGUACGUUCUUUCAAGGAUGGUAUUAAGAAAUUAAAUUGGUUAAGAAGAGGUAAAGAUUGAAUGGGUUAUCAUUUUAACACCUAUCUUAACCAAGUGAAUCUUACUGAUGGCAUGGGAACAGCCAUUCCCAAAGAAUUGCAGAUUUGUAGGUUAAUUGGCUUCGGUAAAAAUUGUCAAUUGCUCCUAGUGUGUAGGAUGUUUGUUAAGGAAUGGGGUGAUCUCUGGUCCACACCGUCUUGGUGGGCCUAAAGGCCUGUUUCCACGCUAUAUUGCUAAAGUGUCAAGUCUAAAGAAACCCACGCAAUCUCAGGGAUAAUGUGCAAACUCCACACAGACAGCAGAUGUCAGGAUCUAUGGCACUGCGAGGCAGUAGCUUUUCCAACUACAUUGCUGUGUUGUUGUUCUGUGCAACUGCGAACAGCAUCCUUUUUAAAAUAGAGAUCUGACAGGACAAACAGAAAUAAACUUGGGUGUGAGUAAUUGCUAAAUCAUAUCAUUGUAAAGACUGUAUCAAUAUAAAAAUUUCAUUUGUCCUCCAAACAAUCAUGGGCAGUAAAAGGGUUCCACAAUAGACAUUCAAUUGCAAUGCGUGAUGAUGUGUUGAAAGCAGUCAUCUCUUGCACUGAAGCAAGAAGUGGAUAAUAGCCAUCAGAACAGAAUGUGGACAAGUCAAUUGUGAAAAUGGUUUUAUAAAGCUAAUAUACAUGCCCUAAAGGGAUACUUACUAAAUGUUUAAACGUGAAUAAUUCAAGAGUCGAGAAUGUUUUAUUGUCAUAUGUCCCGAAACGGAACAAUAAAAUCCUUACUUGCAGCAGCAUAACAGAUGUGUAAACAGUAUGUUGCAGUG